AUGGAGGUGCGGAGUAGGACGCAGCAGAGCGCAUUGGCGUCGCAGAGGGAGGUGGAAGGGGGUGCGGCGCCCGCGCCGGCACCGGGAAGGGUUGCGAAGUGGUUUCCGCUGGGGGCGAAGGAGGGAUUUGAGCAGUGGUGGGCAGGCCUCUCCCCUGUGGCUACCGAGCACCGCGUCCUCUCCUUCAUACCAUAUCUCCAGAAACCGCCUACACAUCUCCAGACAGGCUCCGCGCCUGUAUCUACUGCCCCGUCAGAAGCCAACCUGUCAGCACCUCCGGCGCAUUCAGAAGAACAUGUCACGACGAACAGUGUCAACGACCCCUUUGGUCCUCGCAGAUGGAACUCCGAAAUGGUGGAACUCUCAGGGCGCGGACGCGCACUGAACGAAUUCUCGGUUGAAAGGGUAGGUGAAGAGGUGGAGGAUAACCUGGUCAUGCUCCAUGGUUAUGGCGCAGGACUCGGCUUCUUCUACCGCAACUUCGAAGCAUUAUCUCGUGCACCGGGCUGGAAAAUCUAUGCACUGGAUCUUCUCGGGAUGGGUAGAAGUACGCGGCCAACGUUCAGGAUACACGCAAAAGAUAAACAGGGCCGCAUCGAAGAGGCGGAAAACUGGUUCAUUGAUGCGCUCGAGGAGUGGCGCAUCAAGCGCGGCCUGGAGCGGUUCACACUACUAGGACACAGUCUUGGAGGCUAUCUCGCCUGCGCAUAUGCCCUCAAGUAUCCCGGACGCCUCAACAAAUUGAUUCUAGCCUCACCCGUCGGCAUCCCCGAGGAUCCCUAUGCCGUAAACGAAGACCUGCCCAAUCCAGAGGACCUCUCACGCGGCAACGAAAUCACCCAAGACAUGGCCGCAGACGAAGCCGACAACAACCACCUCCCUCGCCAACGCCAAAAAGUCUCACCCCCAGACCCCAAUCAAACCCCAAGGCGCAAGUUACCCGCCUGGCUCACCUACCUCUGGGAAGCAAACAUGAUCUCCCCCUUUUCCUUCGUCCGCUGGAGCGGUCCAUUAGGCCCCCGACUCGUCUCAGGCUGGACCUCGCGCCGCUUUGCGCAUCUCCCCGAAGACGAGGCAAAGGCGCUGCAUGAUUACAGCUACUCGCUUUUCAGACAAAGAGGUAGCUCAGAGUACGCUCUUGCGUACAUUCUCGCUCCAGGCGCAUACGCACGAAAUCCGUUGAUACGGCGUAUCCAAGGCGUAGGGCGGCAGUGGAUACAAGCGCACGAUGCGCCGACCGUCGACGGCGACGUCCCUCCUCCUCGAGCCGCUUCCACCAAUAGUAACCUCUCACCUUCAUCAUCGUCGCAAUCACAACCACAAGCACCGACUCCCAGCCAACGGAAGCGCGAAACCGGAAUCCCCAUCGUCUUAAUGUACGGCUCGCACGACUGGAUGGACGUCGCGGGCGGGUAUGCGGCGCAGGAGAAGAUUAGGAAGGAGCGCGAGAGGGUACUGGCGAAUGCGACGGAGGAGGAGCGCAAGCGGGAUCAUGGCGAGGCGAAGGUUGUUAUUAUCGAUAGGGCGGGCCAUCAUGUUUAUCUGGAUGGGUGGGAGCAGUUUAAUCGCGUGGUGUUGGAGGAGAUGGAGGAUGUGAGGAGGAGGUAUCGGGGGAGGAGGAGGGGUUGA